UCUAUCGGUUGAUUGAUUGACGGGCGGACUCAUCGAUCCGGGAGACAAACUUGAAGACUUCGCGGAGGGACCACCUCGACUCGUGAAUGAUGGGAAAGCUCCGCGGCUCCGUGAUGCCCAUGGAUCCUCUGAGCAAAGCCGGGCUUCUGUGCCAAGCGUGCGGGUUCCUCUUGGCCAACCCGCAACAGGCGGAAUGCGGGCAUCGCUACUGCCGGAGAUGCGUGAAAGGGCUCUUCAGGGAUUCAGAGAGAAUAGUCUCCUGCCUUACGUGUAAGAAGGUCUUGCAUCUCAAAGAGUUUCACAGUGACAAAGCAGCAGAGAACGAUGCUCUCGACACACAGGUCGCCUGCCCAAAUUUUGACUGCAGGUGGACGGGAACUCUGAAAUCCUACCAGGAGCAUUUAUGCCACCCUGAGGCACCUAUCGGAACUACAAAAAAUGAUACUUUGAUUCCUGAAGACCAAAAUGAGAAUAAAGAGAAGGAAACACACUGGAGCGUCACUGCCCCUGCUAUGGGUGGUCCUUCACUGAACAUCGAAGCUGUCCAGCUGCGCAUGGAGGCCCUGGAGCUGAUGGUUGCGUCUUUGCGUCGGCAGCUAAAUCAGCAAGUCUCCAAUGUGAAAACUCUCCAACACUGCUGUUCCAAGUAUGAGGAGUUGCUCAAAAUUUCUCAGGAAACACGUAACAGCCCUCACGGAACCAAAGGUUCUGGACCAUCCACAGAAGAGCUGGUCAGCACUGAUGGAAUCUUGAUUUGGAAGGUGGAAAAUUUCUCCAAACUCCUGAAAGACGCCAAAAGUGGGAAGAGACAUUCCAUUUUCUCUCCGGCUUUUGCCACUCACCCUUUCGGAUACCGCCUCUACGUCCGACUGUACCCUGAUGGAGACGGUGUAGGCAAAGGUGGCCAUCUUUCAGUCUUCCUGGCUCUGGCCAAAGGGCCUUACGAUGAUAUCCUGCCUUGGCCUUUCCGACAGAAGGUCACCUUCUCUCUCUUAGAUCCUACACGAAGGAAGUCGCCUCUGGUGGAGACCUUCCUCCCAGAUCCCCACAGCACCUCUUUCCAGCAACCUCACCAGAAGCUCAACGUGGCCAGUGGAAGCCCUCUCUUUGCCAGCCACGCCAAGAUUCCCAACUACCUCAAAGAUGACACACUUUUCCUCAAAAUAGCGGUGGAUUUGAUCGGGAUAGACAUUUAAUGCUGGAAAGAGACAGAGAGGUUCCCUGGUGAACUUACGCUGUGCCUUUUGAUAUUACUUUUUGAUAUUUCAAUUUUUUUAAUUGUUUUUUUUUCUUUACUACCACCCAACCGUGUCAACCACAAUUUCUGUUUCAAAAUGGACCGUCAACUACUUCUCAGGAUCAUCUAAAACCUGAUUGUUGUUUUGGCUGGAAAUCAUGGGAAACUGAUCCUUCGUUAUCCUCAGACCGAGGUUGGGCAUCCACUAAACAUUACAGCCUUUAUGGGAUUUUUAAUGGCCAGCUAUUGGAGAAUGUCUAUUAAAUGCAGAGAAAUGUGGGAUAUAUAUUUUUUUAUGGUCCAGAAUGUCAAAUGCCUUCCUAUAAAUAUCCAAUCCUGAGUAAUAGCUACUUUAUUUUUCUGGGGGAAAAGGACUCUGCUUCCUUCAGAUCAAUUGGAAGUUCUAAAUUGGUAAACCAGGCGGAUUAAUUUUUGUUACCUGUUAACUUGUGAAUUGGCAAUCCAAGGACAUAUUUCUUAUGGACAAAGUAGAAUCAUUUGUAAAAAAAAAAAUCCAAAGUGCAAAUGUUCAGCUCUCUUGUUAACACUGCUUUCAGUUUGUUAAAAAUACACAUUUGUCAUAAAAGGGUGAAACAGAGAGAUUUUCCACUUGAUGACCCUUUAUGAUAAGUUAUUAUGUAUGGGAAUUACAACCCAAAAUAGGAUGUUUGCAGUGGUAUGUUGUUACAUGUGUGUGUGUGCAUUUGGGGAGUGUUUUCCUAUUAAAUAUUAGCAUGGAGUGAAGGAACCUGAUUGUUUUAAAACACCAAUUUUAAUUGUUAAUUAUAUCCAUGGCACUAUUUAUGGAAAAGGGACUUUGCAAUAACAACUAAGGAUUUUAAGAUAUAUAUCCUUAGUCUUGACAUUUUUUUUCUACCUCGCAUUCUUAUUUAUUAACAACUCUGGUAUUUAUUAUGUAAGAGUAUCU